GUCACAGAAACUUAGAGAAGGCGAAUAUCAUCUCCACCUUAGCUUCUUUUUAUUCCUAUUUGAACAUUAGGUGGAUUCUUCACCACUGUCCCCGUGCUCUUUUUUUCCUCACAUAGUGCUUCUGCCUAUAGUGAGGACGACGGUGAUGAGCAAUGAAAUUAUUAUAGGUGGACAUGCAACAGGUUAGCAACAAACUAUCAGUAUCAGUUCUGACCUUACUUACCCGGUGAUAAUGGUGCUGCUAGAAAAUUUAGUUACACUUUAUAUAUAUGUGGUGUGCACUUUUUUUUCCACUUCAUAUCGAACUUAGAUAGGUUAUUUUUUUAUUUUGCAGCGAAUCCUUUAAAAAAAUUUCCUAUACUAGUGCAUUCACCAAGUCUGAAGAAAAUAUCCCUGCACGCAGUCUUGAGCAUUUCUAUGGAGUCACGCUGCGUAAAAUUUCAAUAUUUUUUUUGUUUACUUGCCUAUUCCAGACAAUGUCCAAAUAGGCAUGUAUAUUGGUGCGGUCGGGGUAUCGAUUUACUUUCACUCCAAACAUUCUGACGAGCAAGUCCCUUUACGAGAUAUUUCGGCAUGAUAUUGAGGCAAACGUCGUUUGGGUUUCUACCCCAAUUAGAAGCGUAAUGUUCUUUACAUGUAAGUCAAUUAUUGUUUAUCUUAUUUGACUUGUUUUUGUCGAAUGCUAUGCAUUUUUACAGAACAAUGUAUCGUGAAUACCACCACCGCAGUUGUAGCUAGUAUAUACUACUUAACGUACCAGGAUUCGAGACUUAUUGAAACCAACUAAACAACUGAUUUGAGACUUCCGUAGAAUAUCUCAAAGUAGUACUGCUUCGUUGCAUAAGUUAACCUCCCUUCUCCUCUCCUCCUCCUCCCACUUCACCUACAUACACACGCAACAACAACAUCAAAAAAAGUCUUUGCUGCUUUGUUUGCGUUUCUAUUAUUUCGAAUAUUGUUGUGGUUAAUUACCCACGGUCUAUAUAUAUGUUCGAAAAACUUUAUUUGUUUUACAGUUAUUCUCUAAACAUCUAUUUUUUUUCUUGUACCGUCUUCAAGAUUAGUUCCUCCUAUUUAUCAUUUUGCUUUUCACACGCUGUGGUUUUCUGGCAAAAAGUCAGAGUGGAAUUGUAGUUUUGCAAUUAAAUUCUUACGUAGCAAAUUAGUCUUAUCAGACAACCUUUUGAUAAUAAUAACAAUAUCCAUAAGAUUGCGAUUAUUGUAGUUAUUUUAGUAACAUCCUUUAGAAUGUCUAUUUCCAUAAAUAUUUCGGGGAAAAUUUUUUCAGAUGGGAUAAAGCUUGGAAAAAACAAUGAGGUAGUGUCUGUAGAUAGCACUCGUUUUCCUUGCCUAGCCAACGUGUCAAAGGGCAUGCUUGUGCGCUCGAUUAACGGUAUAGCUGUAUCCAUGGCCCGGGAUGAACAAAAGCGUUACUAUGACUCCCCUGCACCCUUGUCGGUUGGAUUCACAACUCCUGCAAAAGAUGAAUUUGAUCUUUCCUCCGAUGAUGACCUUGUCAAUGAAAGAUUUCAGCCGGCGACAUCUUUGCCACCACUACCGCCCGAGUACAACAACGCUUGUGCGAAGAAUAGCGCCGAACUAGUGCUCGAAGCCGCCAAAAGGUGCUCAGGUGGUCAUUGCGUCAUUAUCAUGAUAGAGGGAGCAAACCCAACUCUUCCUAUUACUUUGGCAGCCGUUCAUGCACAGAUCGAUGUUAUGUACAUCGACACUGUCGCCCGUAUGAAGACGCGCCAACGGAUGGAAGAAGCUGGUAACGUGAUUAAGAAAUCUCUAGAGAAAGGUCUGUGGAUUUAUGUCGAACAAGCAACCAAGUCGAUUACACUUCUUCAUAAAUUGGAAGAGUGUCUCAAGGAAUUGGAGGCACAAAAGAGAAUACAUUCAAAGUCUUGCGUCUUUUUGAUGUGUGAGCCCCACCCACAUUUUCCCGAGGGAUUGCUGAAGAAAUCUGUGACACUGCGAUGUUGUCUUCAAAGUGAGAACAUUGCGGAGGUCAACCUCAGAGAAGACGUUAUGGAGAGCAAAAAGCGUCUGAAGUUGAUCCACGGGGAGGAUCCUGUGACAGCCGACAACGCAAAAGCUCAAUCACCUCAGCCGUAUCCGCAGGAUGUCCCCGAGGUAAAGACUGGUAAGAAGAAAGUAAGAAUCUCCAGCGAGGUCAAUAUCAUAAGCCUGGAAAAGAGCACUUUUCUGGAGAUGAGUGCAAGUCCCCAUCUGGCAUUGAACCGUAGUGCAGCUACUAGAGAUGGGCUUAACCUUGUCGCUAAGUAUACCUUUGGCUCAAACGAGAAAUUUAUUUCUUUAUGUAAAGUACAAAAUCAUCGCUUUGCGGUUGGAACCGGUAGCGGUUACGUUGUGUUGCUUGAUGGCGACGGCUUACCUCUCAUACAGUUUAGACCACGAAAGGCUUGUGUGUGGGACAUCAGUUUCGUUACACAGUUUGAUUUUGCAACAGCUUGUGAGGACGGCACAAGCACAAUUUUCAACUACUCAUUGGCGGGGCACGAGCUCAUGGCAACCUCCGUGGCUUCCUUUCAGAGCGAUGUUUUUGCUGUCACAUACGCAAAGGAGAAUGAUGUAAAUAGCCCUGUUUUGUCUGGUGGAUUAAGCGCUACCAUUUGCGUGUUGCACUCUGACAGGCAGAACAGCUCCUUCAUCACUUCAGGAACGUCCAUUCAGGCCAUGUGCUCUACGCGUCUAGGACAUGUUAUCGUCGGUGGUGGUAAUGGCGUGUGCUCCCUCAUUGACCCCACCUAUUGCUUUAUACUUGAAUUUAUUAACAAGCAUAGUAAGAAGGUUCCAGCGGUUUCAAGUUUCGAGGAUGUCGCUAUCACUGGUGGGUUUGAUCGUGUCAUGCGAAUGUGGGACAUCCGAAACGGUUUCCGUCAGAUUUAUGAAACUAUGCUUCCUGGUGUUGUGACCUCAGUGGCUGUUAAUCAGAAGUAUGCGGCUGUGUGCAGCGGCCCGGAUUUAUUUGUGUGGGAUAUGCGUCAGCUGUCUUCUCCGUUGUCGGUUAAAAAGAAUGCGUGGAAGGAUCUGACUCGGGGCUUAGUAGUUGACGAUAAUGUUGUUGUAACUGCUUCUGUAGAUGGCGUUACUCGAUUCUGGGAGAUUCACUAA